AUGAGAACUGCGGUUGUGGAAGAAGUGUCAAGAAAAUCUCAACAGCCAAUAACCUCAAGACCUGGUUGUAAUAAAAAACAAAAGAAAAAUGAGGAUCUCACAACAGAAACCUUGAUGACAGUGCGUGACCAUUUCAAAACACCCAAGGAACAACUUGACCGCUUUGAUCUGUUGGGAAAAACUAUUGCUGUAAAGUUGAGAGGUUUGGAAAAACGCCAGGCUCUCAUUGCGGAGAAAAAGAUAGGUGACAUAUUAUUCGAGGCGGAAAUGGGUUCUCUAAACACAGCGCCAAUAUACCGUUAUGCUGCAUCACCAAGUCAGAGUCCUUAUACUACCCCAUGUCCCACGCCAUCUCCAACAUAUGGACAAGGUUCAUGUACAGCGUUAGCAAGUCAAUCUCCUAAUGUCACUCCAUGUCCCACGCCAUCUCCAACAUACGGCCAAGGUUCAUUUAGACAGUUCCAUAAUGAUGGAAGUGGACAAUUAUCCUUUUCUCAGGACAACACAGCAUCGACUUAUUUUUCUCAAUUUGAUGCCAAUUCAUGA